AUGCUGGCCGUAAAUCUCCAGCAAUUAUAUACAUUUUUGUGCAGAGAAGCGGUGGAGACAAAAGUGCUGUUUGAUAAAGCGGCUUAUCAUGGCUUCAUCCUGUGUUGCUUUAUAUAUCUCAUUUAUCUUCAGGAGUUGCUGACUGCCCUGAGGUGUUUUGUCCGCAGGUUUUUGGCUAAAAUUGUUCAGGAAGCGGAGGGCGCCAGAGAAAAGAUGAGCGCCUUGCCAAACGGCACCGGCACCUGCACGUCCUUCAAUCGGAAGGGCUUUGGCUUCAUCGACAUGAACGGGGUCACGGUGUUUGUUCACGUGCGGAAUUGUGAGCCGAGGGGCAAGGCACCCAAGGUGGGCGAUUUCCUCACUUUCCAGUAUGAGCCGAACAAGAAAAACCCAGAACAGAUGGAGGCAUAUAACGUGAAGGGUUGCACUGGUGUGGAUGAAGCAUGGAGUGGCUCCUUUGCUGGCGCUGGUCCAGUUGAGGGCACUGGGGCCUACUCUGGGACUGUUAUCAGCUUUGGUCCAAAGGGCUUCGGCUUCAUCAGCAUGGGGGAAGGCCAACCGGAGCUGUUCUUCAAUGCGAAGGACUGUGUAGGUAGCAAGCCCGUGACCGGAGACACGGUGAAGUUCGAUUUGACACCGAGCGACGCCAAGCCCGGACAGAUGCAGGCGAGGAACGUGACCGGUGGAAGCCAGCCACUAGACUCUCCACAUCCAGGGACCACGGCCUGGGGGGGCGACUGGGGUAGUAUGGGGGAUGUUACCAGUGCAAUGUGGGAAGUGUUGGCCAAAGCCAUGGGAAAAGGCUGGGGGGAUGCCAGCAAAGGUAUGGGAAUGAGUGGCAAAGGCAAAGGUGACAAAGGUGGCAAAAGUGGCAAAGGCUACGGCCCACAAUACUCUUCGGGCGGAAGCCAACUCGGCCAGAGCUCUCCCUAUGGCUACAAGGCCAGCGACGGCCAGGACUGGCAGAAUGAGCAGGGCUGGGGCCAGCACGGGUACUGGUAA